AUGAACUUCGGCAGGGAGGUGGCCCGAAUGACAAGUUGUUAUACAUAUGUAAUAGAAGAUGACGAUACAGCCAUGGCGUGUCUAAAUGUCUUUGAGUUGGCCGAGAAGGGUGACCAGGCUCUGCUGGAGAACCUGGUGAGGAAGAACCCUGAGGUCCUAAGUGAGAAAGAUGAGAACGAAGCAAGUCCCGUUCAUCACGCCUCCGCGGGCGGCCAUGUCGCCCUCAUCCAAUUAAUCAGCGCUGUCAUGGGCCCGCAUGUUCUCAACAGCUGCGACGUGCACGGCAACGUGCCCCUUCACUGGGCCGUGGACAAGAACAAGGCGGAGAGCUGCACGGCUCUAAUGGAACUGGGGGCCGCGCCGAACAUCCUCAACAAGGCCCUGCUGUCCCCUCUGCACUUGGCUAUCAGCAAGGGACACAACAAUCUGGUGGAGCUUCUGCUCUCCUACAGCACAGUAGAUUACAACCAGUCAGGAGAUCUUGGCAACACUCCUUGCAUGAUGGCCUGCUCCCUCAACAACUGUAACGCUCUCAGCUUGUUGAUAAAGCACGGAGCGCGGCUCUGCCAGCAGAACAAGCUGGGGCAUUUUGCAGUGCAUGCCGCUGCCUUCGCAGGAGCAAGGAAGGCCAUGGAAGUCGUCCUGAAGGCCGGAGAGGAGCUGGGCUACUUCAGUGAAAACCACAUUAACUACGUCGACAAAUCCAACAGCAGUCCUCUCCAUCUGGCCGUGAGAGGCGGAAACAUCGAGACAAUCCGUUUCUGCAUCAGCAGAGGGGCCAAAAUGGACCAGCAACAGCACGACAAGUCGACGCCGCUUCAUUUGGCGUGCACCCAGGGCGCCAUCGAGGUGGUCAAACUGAUGCUAUGCUCCCACACCCGAGUGGAGGAGAUCAUUAACCUCAAGGAUGGGGGAUGUCAGACGCCUCUACACAGGGCCACAAUAUUUGACCACGUGGAGCUGGCUGACUACCUCAUAUCUUUGGGUGCAGAUGUAGACUGUCUUGACUGUAAAGGGAACUCCCCCUUGCUAGUGGCUACAAGCUGCGGCGCAUGGAAAACCAUGGUGCUGCUCCUGUCAAAAGGGGCGGAUGUCAAUCUAAAGGACAAGUUUGGUUGCAACUUCCUCCACUUAGCCAUCCUGCAACCUAAAGGGCUGAGGAACCUCCCAGAAGAAAUUCUGCAGCGUACCAAUGUGAAGGCCUUGGUGAGCUGCGAGGAUAACGAGGGCUGCACCCCGCUCCACUACGCGUGCAGGCUGGGCAUCCACGACUCGGUGCGGAACAUGCUGGGACUCUCGGGGCAGCUGGGCCUCGCUUGCAAGUCCAACGAUAAGAAGUCUGCCCUGCACUUCGCUGCUCAGUAUGGGCGUAUUAAUACGUGUCACAGGUUGCUGGAGACCAUCAAAGACUCCCGCUUGCUUAAUGAAGGCGACGAGCGGGGUUUGACGCCGCUUCAUUUGGCGUCCAGAGGGGGGCACACACAGGUAGUGGAGCUGCUGCUGCGCAAAGGUGCUCUUUUUCACAGUGAUUACGAGGGCUGGACCUGCCUGCACCAUGCCUCCUCCGAGGGAUACACACAAACUAUGGACAUUAUCUUAUCAGCCAAUAUGAAGCUACUGGACAAAACAGAUGAAGACGGGAACACCGCCCUCCACAUUUCGGCGAGAAUGGGCCACGCGGCUGCGGUCAUGGUCUUGGUGAAUCGUGGUGCGGAGUUCAAAAUGAACAAACACGAAAUGUCAUUUUUCCACGAGGCGGUGCAAAACGGGAAGCAUGAUGUGGUAAUUGGUAUCAUUGACAGCGAAAGGUGUGCGGAGGCUAUUCUCGCAUUUAUACAAGGUUCAUCUCAGCGAUGUCCCAUUUUCGACAUGAUCGAAUAUCUGCCAGAGACCUGCAAGCACCUGUUGGACUCCUGUGUGAAAGAGUCUGGGGACGAUCAUACCAGCCCUGACUAUCAUAUUGAAUAUGACUUCAAAUGGCUCCAAGCUCCUGUUGAAGUGCAGAAGAAACAAGUGGACAAGUCCAACAGAGUUCAACCCCUCGCUGCACUCAAUAGCAUGGUGAAAUACAACCGCCUUGAGCUCCUCAAUCACCCCGUCUGCAAGAGGUACCUCUCCAUGAAGUGGGUUGCGUACGGGAGCACGGCCCAUCUGCUCAACAUGUUCUUGUACCUUCUUGGCUUGCUGCCGCUGACUCACCUCAUCGUGACUCUGAGGCCAUCCGUCAACGCUACUGAAACGGCCAAGCAUGGACUCAUCAUGGUGCCGAUAAACCUAAAGCAGCAGAGUAUAUUCCUGUCCGUCUGUAUGGUGAUGGUCUUAGUCAUGAACAUCUACGCCAUUGUGAAGGAAGUGUUGCAGAUAAUACAGCAGCGAUGGAACUACAUCAAGGACACCAACAACCCGAUGGACUGGUCAAUCGCCAUCUUUUCACUGCUGUUCGUCAUCCCUCUCAUGUUCAACAUACAAAGUUCUUUGCAGUGGCAGGCAGGAGCCAUUGCGAUUUUUCAAUCCUGGGUUGGAUUUCUGUUGUAUCUCCAGAGAUUUGAGGGCGUUGGAAUCUAUGUCGUGAUGUUCAAUGAGAUCAUGAAGACGCUCAAUCGUGUCGUGCUUAUCUUCUUUUACCUCUUGUUGGCGUUUGCUUUGGCCUUCUAUGCUCUCAUGCUCAACCAGAGGGAGUUUGACACCCUGCCGCUGGCGAUGAUGCAAUCGUUUGUGAUGAUGGUGGGAGAGAUCAACUACCAGAACAACUUCCUGGAUGCUUACCUGAAGAAUGAUCUUCCCUUUGAGAUCUUGACUUUCAUCAUUUUCACCUCCUUUGUUAUGCUCAUGCCCAUCUUGCUUGUCAAUCUGAUGAUUGGUUUAGCAGUUGGAGACAUUGCCGAAGUGCAGAAAACUGCAGCCAUGAAAAGAAUAGCCAUGCAAAUUGACCUCCACACGGCUCUGGAAGACAAGCUGCCUUACUGGUUUGUCAAACGAGCUGACAGAAGUUUCAUCCUUAUCUAUCCUAACCGCAAGUGCUCCAGGUAUGCUAUAUGGAAAAUAUUAUCAGGCCCCGAGGACAACGAAGUAUGGAAGCACACGCAUGCCACUUCACGAAGUUGCUCCACCAUCGAGAAUGAGCUGAAAAAGCAGAAGUGCAGGAUGAAGGAGAUGUCCAACAUGCUGGAAAAGCAGCACGACCUGCUGAAGCUCAUCGUCCAGAAGAUGGACAUCACGUCCGAGGCGGACGAGUACGACGGCCCGGUGAACAAGCGGGGCAGCAUGUGGCCCCGAGUGUGUCCGCCCAAACGCUCCAGCAGUGGCGUGUCUCGCUGGUUUCCGCUCAUGAAGGCCAUCGGGUCCAAGCCCAAAUGAAGGCAGGCACUACGACGCCCUCCCUUGUGUCCCCCUAUUUGACUUCAAAUGGAAUAAUGCUGGGUGCUUUUUAUGUAGACCAGAGAUGCGUGGCUGUAGACGACCACAAUGUACCCAUCAGUAGAGUUAUCAAAGUGUGUUUUUCAAACUACUCAUUUUAUUUCAAGUAUCAAAAGUCAAAUGUUUGGAGACACUUUCUCAUUCACUACCAGAGCAAUUAGGUCUAAACUUUUAUCUGGCAUAUGUUCUAUUAUUAGGAAUCAUUAUUCUUUGUCAAUCACAAACUUCUUUUAGAAUUGUGGCCUACCUUGCUGCCUUGAAAUACAUUAUAAUUUUACACAUUUAAAAUGAUAGAAAUUACAAAUGUUUUAUAUUGAUGCCAUUAAUGCCUUACCCCAAUAGACCCCUGACCCUCUCUGCAGUUGGGCAAAAACCUUAUUGAACUUAUUUAAGUAAUGUACGUUACAAAAGUGCACAAUGAUGAAAAAAAAAAUUCAAGGAAGAGAUAUUUUAAUAAUUAUUUAAAUAAAGGCAUCUGUGCAAAUAAAAGCCAGACCCCUUGCAAACACCAAGUUGCCUGGUCCCCUCUGCAGUCGAGUAAAUACAUAUUCAAUUUCACACUAUUUUAUAUUACUUUGAAAAAUAAAUCCACAUAUCCGAAUAAACCCCCGUAAACAUCUUACCCCUAAUAAAACCCAGAAUAUGUAUUAUUAAAAUUGUAUAAAGCUAGUUUUUAUAUGUUUCCUCUCUAAGCCUUAAUAAAUGUCUGGUUCUUUCUCCAGUUGAGUUUAACUUCACAUACAGCAUAUUUGACUACAUAUUGUUAUCUAAUAUUAAUUAUAAAAUCUUAGUUUUUUGCGCGCGCGCAUUUUUCGUCUUUAACGCCUUGUAUUGUUGUUUUAAUUUUAUAAUUUUAGUUUUUUCUCUUCCAAAUGCCUUACUUAAUAUAUGCUUAGUCCUCUCUGCAGUUCAAUAACUCGACACGUUAUUGAAUAAAUAUUUUAUAAUUAUAGUUUUGGAUUUUUUCAGUUUUUCUCUAACACCCUAUAUUGUUAUUUAAUAUUAAUUUUAUAAUAUUAGUUUUUGUAUUCUUCUUCGCAAACGCCUUACUUCUAAAAACGACUAGUCCCCUCUGCAGUUGAGUUUAACUUGACAUGCUGCAUAUUUCAACACAAUAUUCGAUAUUAAUUUUAUAAUCUUAAUUUUUGUAAUUUUUUUUUCUUCCCUAAUGUCUUACUUACGUGCCUAGUCCCCUCUGCAGUUGAGUGUAAUUUCACAUAUAGUAUAUUUAAACACAGAUAUCUAAUACAAAUUUUGUCAACUUAAUUUCAGUAUUUUUGCGUUUUCUUCCUGAAUGCCUUACUUAAUAAAAUGCCUGGUCUCCUCUACAGUUGAGUUUAAACUUGACAUCAGGUAUAUUUUAACACAUUAUUUAAUAUUACAUUUCUUAAAAGCUAGAAUCUUAGUUUUUGUAUUUUUGCAUUUUCCCCAAGUCCUUAUAUUGUUAUUUAACAUUAAUUUCAUGAUAGUUUUAGUUAAAGUUUAAAAAAAACAUAAAGUAUCUUUGAACACAGUUAUUUAAUAUUAAUUUUAGAAUCUUAUUUUCUAUAGUUUUGCAUUUUUCCUCACGGGUGCCCUACUUAAUAGACACCUAGUCCCCUCUGCAGUUGAGUUUAACUUGACAUGCUGCAUAUUUGAACACAAUAUUCAAUAUUAAUUAUAUAAUCUUAAUUUUUGUAUUUUUUUUUUCUUCCCUAAUGUCUUACUUACAUGCCUAGUCCCAUCUGAAGUUGAGUCCAACUUGACAUGCGGUAUAUUUGAACACAUUAUUUUUCUCUAAUCUUCAUUUUUAUAUUUUUUCCAUUUUUCCCUUUUUAACACCUUAACACCAUGAAGUACAGUAUAUUUGAACACGUUAUUUAAUAGUAAUUUUUCAAUCUAAAUGUUUGUAUUUUUCCCUCUUUAAAUCCUUACUUAAUAGACGCCUGGUCCUUUCUGCAGUUGAGUAAAUAAAUACCUCUGGUCACUAAACAAGGAAACAUAGCAAGUAGUGUAAUUAUGUUUUUUUUGAUGAUUUACCAUUAUGAAUUAAUGUACUUCCUUGAGAGAAAUACAAAUAAAUGACUUUUAAAGAUUAUAAUGUAAAUGUACAGUACUGUACGUGCUGCAUAUUUGUAACUAGGGCUGCAACAACUAAUCGAUUAAAUCGAUUAUAAAAAUAGUUGGCGAUUAAUUUAGUCAUCGAUUCAUUGGAUCUAUGCUAUGCGCAUGGGCAGAGGCUACUUUUUUUUUUUUAUUUAAAUAAACCUUUAUUUAUAACUGCAACAUUUACAAACAGCUGAGAAACAAUUAUCAAAAUAAAUAUCGUGCCAGUAUGCCGGUUUUUUUUCCAAUAAAAUACUGGAAAGCAUAGAUAUGUAGUUUGUCUCUUUUAUCCGAUUAUUAAUCGAUUAAUCGAAAUAAUAAUCGACAGAUUAAUCGAUUAUCAAAUUAGUUGUUAGUUGCAGCCCUAUUUGUAAUGUCACAUUGUAUGCCGUCAACAGUUAAAGCAUUUUCUGAUGCUUAUGUUGUGCAUUGUAGUCGUAGUACCUGCUCAAAUUAAAGGAAAAAGACUUUGAGUAUGACAUCAUCACAACUGGCUCCUGUCCCCACUAUAGCCUCUGCAGCUUCCCAUCCGGGGUCACCAACUAUAAAACGUCUUUGCUGACGGACAAAUGCUUGCACUGCCUUCAAGUGAAGCAUCAAGCAGUAAAUGUUGCAGGAAUUUCAUUAUUCCCAUGGCAAGUAUUACACCAAGCCUCUAACCAUCCAUUAGCGCAUUGUUACGGGUAAUAUUUCUGCUUUUAUAUGCAUAACAAGUGGACUGCAAUGCGUCACUCACAUUAGUGCAGUGAAAUGUAAACAUUUUUUUGAAAGUGAGCAGUUAAGAAAACAUUAAAAGUUGAUUUCCAAGUACUGGGAGUUGCCCAAAGCUGCCAACACU